AUGGAUAGAGAUGGGCCGCCUCAAGACCUUCGUCCACCGAAAUGGCCGCAUGUCACCGGAUCUCCGCCUCUCGCCUCUUCUCUUAAGCGUGGUGGUUGUCUGUCUCCGGAUCUCCUCGCUUGGUUUGUGUACGUCUCCUAUCCGACGGGUGAAGCGAUGGUUUCCAUAAUGCUUUUGAGGACUGAGCUCCUGAACCACCAUUUCACUCCGCCGGAGCCGCCAGACCGAACACUGUCUCUCUCUCACCACCAAGCGACCCCUCCCCACCCUUCGGAGCCACCGGAUCCACCAGAUCUCCGGCCUUUUGUUCUCUUGUUCUUCUCAGUCUCUGCUCUGACUCUCCCCUCCGUGAUGUUAGCCAAUGUCACUGAGCUCCAUGGCACAGAUCUGACUCGUUUCACGACUCGCCGUCUUCAUCUUCUGCUCCGGCGAGCUACCUGGUACAUCUCUGUUAUUCAACGCUCUUUUCUCCAUCUCGGGAUAUUUCCCUUCGUGGAAUUGGUUCUAUUACCCGUAUCCGGAUUUGCUUCAUAUUGGAGUGUGGUGUAUCGAUGA